AUGGCCUCCGCAGGAGAGAUUCAGCUCCCUGUUAUCGAUAUCUCUAGUACAACCGCCGAGGUUGGCAAGCAAGUCAUCGAUGCAGCUAAGCAGUAUGGCUUCCUCUAUGUCGAUACAGCCAGCAGCUGUUUCUCCAAAGACGAGAUAGAUUCUACCUUUAAAAUGGCACAAGAAUUCUUUGCUUCCCCCAUCGAAGAGAAAAAGGAAGUAUCAAUCAAGUCAAAUAACAUGGGUUGGACAGACAUGCAUGCGGAGACCCUGGACCCGGAACACCAGAAGACAUGUGGUCGCAUCCUCACCCUCCUCGCUCUAGGCCUAGACAUACCGCAUAACUGGUUCUCGUCCCGCCACGACCCAUCCCAAGGUCCAUCGGGCAGCACCUUGCGAUUCCUACACUACCCUUCCCUCCAGAGCCCAAGCACACAAUCGUUCAAGCACGGCGUGGACGUACGUGCCGGCGCACAUUCAGACUACGGCAGCAUAACGCUCCUUUUCCAACGGGAUGGGCAGCCUGGGUUAGAGAUUCUCACGCCAGCUGGUACGUGGGCUGCUGUGCCUGUUCGGCCUGCGGGGGUAUCUGGUUCGCCAACGCUUGCGCCGCCUAUACUGGUUAAUAUAGGUGAUUUGCUUAGCUAUUGGACAUGUGGACUGUUGAAGUCUACAGUGCAUAGGGUUGUUUUUCCGAAGGGCGAGGAAGAAGGGAAAGGAAAUGAAGGGGAGGGGAGGGAUAGGUAUAGUAUCGUGUAUUUCUGCCAUCCGUGUCAUGAGACGGAGCUGGUUGCUGUGCCUAGUAAGGUUGUUGAAGGGUUGGGGAAGGAUGUGGGAGGAGGGAAGGUAGUUACUGCUCGGGAGCAUUUGGCGAGUAGGCUUGCUGCUACUUAUGGUAGCUCGGUGGGAGAAUACAGCCGUGAAUAG